AUGGCAUCCACCGUAGUGGUCAAAUCUGGUCGCGUAUAUGUUCAAGGCGAGGUACUCCAGCGUCGCCAGGACCAUAAGCUCAGUAUCUUCAAAGCCGAGUCCGGGAAAGAGCCUUUUGUCUUCAAGCGCGUACGUGGACUUACGUUGUACGAUCUGUCCCUCCUCCUUGCAGCCAAAUCUGCAUGCUCUCAUCGGUUUCGAAUGCACAUUGAUUGCAGCCAAGAUGAAGCCAUUCUUGUAAAAAAAACAGUUACCGAUGUGGCCCUAGGCGAUUUUGAUAUCUCUUUCAAGAUGAAAGGUGGAAAGCCACUUUAUGCCCCUCAUGCAAUACGGAAUGCCAUUGCGGCAAAGGCGUCAGACAUAUUCUCGUUUGGACUAGUGGUAAGUGAGCUAUGUUCACAGUUUCUAUAUGCUAUGGGGGCCGGGAAGUUGUUGCUCUUGAACGAUUACCGAGAGCUAGUAAAGCAUGGUAUAUUGCCGGAACAAGAGAUACUGAUCCGACAAUUUUGCUAUUUUUGGCCCGUUCCAGAAGGGCUCCUAAAGCAUGUCGACAGUGAACUUUGGUAUAACCUUCUGAAGAAAGCGUCAGACGUAGCCGAUAGGGAGGUGAAGGACCAGACCGCCGGAAUGAGAUUCGAGCGCUGGGGAGAGGGUUUUGGUCCCGAGGCAGAGAACAUGAUAUACGGAAUGAUAAAUCUAGAUCCGGCGGCUAGAAAAACGAUAGACCAAAAUGCCAUCAAGUUGGUAUCAGUAUACCAGUCGCUAUCUCAUCAUCAACUCGCUGUUAUUUACGAAGCUCAAAUUGGUCUGAUGGGCUAUGCACUAUCCGUUAUCGACCUCUGA